AUGUAUGCGAAAAACCGCACCGUGCGCGGGAUCUCCUUGAUCCCCCUUCUCCUGGUCACUUUUCUCUUCUUCUUUGUCGGCGCUUCCUACACCUACGUGUACCUGCAUUUGCUGCUGGUUGGCUGCAACAAUGACCUUGGCGUCGCCAUUGCUCUCGGGGCAAUCGGCACUCUUCUCUGGCUCGUCGCGCUGUGGUGUUUCUACGCGUGCGCCGGGCGCGAUCCUGGAGAAGUGCGGGAUGCUUGGCGCCGAGAAGCGGCGGAGAAAAGAAUCCCCUGCAUCGAAUCGGAUGGAUCGGUAGUCCUGCCUCCGCCUGGUGACGCUGUUGGAGGCGAGAGACUGCGGGAGAUCGGCAGCGAUGACGGCGCGUCCAGCGCAGUGCGAGCCCGAGCAAGACUUCGCGACUUCCACGCCGGAUACGUCACCAAGUGCAAACAAUGUGCAAAUGCUCUCAGACCAGAACGAGCCCAUCACUGCUCAAUUUGCAACAAAUGCAUCAUGCGCAUGGAUCACCACUGCCCGUGGGUCGGUAACUGCGUGGGGUUCAACAACUACAAGCAGUUUGUGCUGUUUAACUUCUACUGCGCUAUGGUCUGCACCUUCUUGGCCGCGUCCUCCGCCCCCUGGAUCGUCAAUGAGUUUCUUUACACCGGAUCCACUCCUUGCAGCGACACCCUUCCCACAGGAUUAUGGGGCGUCUUCUUGAUCUCGUGGGUGAUGGAGAUCACGUUCGGCCUCGUCACCCUAGUGAUGUUUCUCACGCACCUCUAUUACUUGCUGAUUAACGCGACAACAAUAGAGGCCCAGUAUGCGUCCCCAAACCCGUACAACGUUGGUCGCAUGGCGAACGCAGAGCAGAUUUUCGGGAAGUUCGACUGGUCCUGGUUCUUCCCAGUCUCUCCGAGACAACCCACAUGCACAGGUCAGUUCUCGCUGACGCGUCUGGAUGGACGCAGAAAUCGCCUUCUUGGGUGUGAUCCUUCCGCUUCGCCUUUUUCCGUGUGUAUGUACACCUUUCCGUUUUUCUGUCUGCCCAUAUCCGUCGCCUGCUGGCGCGCGUCAUUCGAGGCUGCUCUGAGAAAAGGAAGAAAUGGUUACGCCUUCCCGCAUCGUGGAGAGAGAGACUCUCAGCAGCUGGCGGAGUCUGCGGGCUCCGCAGUCCGCUCAGUCACGAUUGGCGCGCCUGCACUCUCCGCGAGGGUGGCGGAGAUGCCGGUGGGCUCCGGCGCGGAAAUCGUGGAGGACGCCUCACCCAGCAGUGCAGACGAAAAGCGAGGGAGCGGCGAGACAGGUCGCACCGCAGUCAGCCUCGGCGUCGACCCCGAAGCUGUUGCCAUCGGCGGAGGCCGUGUGCAGGUUUAA